AUGGACAUUGAUUAUGCUAUCAGGAAAGACAAGCCAACCAUUAUUGACACUAGUGCUAUAGUUGAAAAGGCUCUUUAUGAACAAUGGGAGCGAUCAAAUCGCCUUAGUCACGACAAUGUCAAGGCAUUAUUGAAGGCUAUUGAUAAGCAAUUUGUUACUUCAGAUAAAGCACGUGUCAACACCCUGAUAAUGAAGUUUUCAUCCUUAAGGCUCACUGAUAUGAGUGGAAGAUAUCAGAGUAAUCCAGGUAUAAACCAUUGGAAAGUUGCAAAGAAGGUGAUGAGGUACCGUCAGGGGACCAAAGACUACAUGCUUAUGUAUAGACGCACUGAUAAUUUGGAAGUGAUUAGCUAUUCUGAUUCGGACUACGUUGGCUAUAUUGAUUCGCGAAGAUCAACUUCAAGAUAUGUCUUUAUGCUAACUGGUGGAGAUGUUUCUUGGAGAAGCGCAAAGUAG